GUUGAACUACACGCGCGAUUAUAACAGGCAUACCUCUCGAUAAACGUAGCUCUGAGGCCUGGUCUGGGAAAGGGACGUAUACUGACCUGACUCCACGCCGACAUUCAAGCCACACUAAUACCGAUAGAGGGGAAGGAGGGAAGUAUCUUUAUUCAAAAUGCCAGAACCUCAAGAAGCAGCCCCAGGAGAACCUCAGGAAGCCCAGAUGGAAGAGGCUGAGGUUGAGACCUUUGCCUUCCAGGCAGAAAUUGCCCAACUGAUGAGCUUGAUCAUCAACACUUUCUACUCCAACAAGGAAAUUUUCUUGAGAGAACUGAUUUCCAACUGCUCUGAUGCUUUGGACAAGAUACGUUAUGAAUCUCUCACAGACCCAUCUAAACUAGAUGCUUGCAAAGACCUUCAUAUCAGAAUUGUUCCAGACAAAGAACUUAAAACAAUUACAAUCGAGGACAGCGGUAUUGGUAUGACCAAAGCUGAUCUUGUCAACAAUCUUGGUACCAUUGCCAAGUCUGGAACAAAGGCUUUCAUGGAGGCCCUGCAGGCAGGUGCUGAUAUCUCUAUGAUUGGACAGUUUGGUGUGGGUUUCUACUCCGCCUACCUUGUUGCAGACAGGGUGGUUGUCCAGACAAAACACAAUGAUGAUGAACAGUACCUCUGGGAGUCGUCAGCUGGAGGGUCUUUCACCAUAAAAAAUUCAAAUGAUCCCACCCUGCAACGGGGAACCCGCAUCACCCUUUACAUGAAGGAAGACCAAACCGACUAUCUCGAGGAGCGUCGUGUCAAGGAGGUUGUGAAGAAGCACUCCCAGUUCAUAGGUUACCCAAUCAAGCUGAUGGUUGAGAAGGAGAGAGACAGGGAGGUGUCUGAUGAGGAGGAGGAAGAAGAAAAGAAAGAGGUUGAGGAGAAGAAAGAGGAUGAGGAAGAGAAUGAGGAGAAACCCAAGGUAGAAGAUCUUGAUGAAGAUGAGGAUGAAGACAAAAACAAGGACAAAAAGAAGAAGAAGAAGAUCAAGGAAAAAUACACAGAAGAUGAAGAACUGAACAAGACCAAACCACUGUGGACCAGAAAUGCAGAUGAUAUCACACAGGAAGAAUAUGCAGAGUUCUAUAAGUCAUUGACAAAUGAUUGGGAAGACCAUCUUGCUGUCAAGCACUUUUCAGUGGAAGGACAGCUGGAGUUCCGUGCUUUGCUGUUUCUGCCCAAGCGGGCUCCAUUUGACAUGUUCGAGAACAAGAAGAAGAAGAAUAACAUUAAGCUGUAUGUGAGACGUGUGUUUAUCAUGGACAACUGUGAAGAUCUCAUUCCAGAGUACUUGCACUUUGUGCGUGGUGUUGUAGACUCUGAGGAUCUUCCUCUCAACAUAUCCAGAGAAAUGUUGCAACAGAGCAAGAUUUUGAAGGUUAUCCGUAAGAAUCUGGUGAAGAAGUGCAUGGAAUUGUUUGAUGACAUCAUGGAAGACAAGGACAACUUCAAGAAAUUCUAUGAACAGUUCAGCAAAAACCUCAAGCUUGGUGUCCAUGAAGACUCCACCAACAGAAAGAAGCUGUCCGAGCUGCUCAGAUACUAUACAUCCCAGUCAGGGGAUGAGGUGACCUCCCUGAAGGACUAUGUGUCGCGCAUGAAGGAAAACCAGAAGAGCAUCUACUACAUCACUGGUGAAAGCAAGGACUCUGUUCAGAACUCUGCCUUUGUUGAGAGAGUGAAGAAGAGGGGAUUUGAGGUGAUCUACAUGACUGACCCUAUUGACGAGUACUGUGUCCAGCAGCUGAAAGAGUACGAUGGGAAGACCCUGGUGUGUGUCACCAAGGAAGGCCUGGAACUGCCAGAGGAUGAGGAAGAAAAGAAGAAACUUGAGGAAUCCAAGGCUCAGUUUGAAGGACUGUGCAAGGUCAUGAAGGAGAUUCUUGACAAGAAAGUAGAAAAGGUUGUGGUUUCCAAUCGUCUGGUUACCUCCCCUUGCUGUAUUGUCACAAGUCAGUAUGGGUGGUCAGCCAACAUGGAGAGAAUCAUGAAGGCCCAGGCACUGCGAGAUACCAGCACUAUGGGCUACAUGGCAGCUAAGAAACACAUGGAGAUCAACCCUGACCACCCCAUCGUCAAGACGCUGAAGGAGAAAGCUGAUGCUGACAAGAACGACAAGGCAGUGAAAGAUCUGUGCAUGCUGCUGUUUGAAACCUCUCUCCUUGCCUCCGGCUUCUUCCUGGAAGACCCAACAUCACAUGCCAACAGGAUACACAGGAUGAUCAAGCUGGGUCUUGGAAUUGAUGAAGAUGAUAUCCCAACCGAACCUACAGCUGAAUCUGGCACAGAUGAGAUGCCACCACUUGAAGGUGAUGAAGAUGAUGCCUCCAGGAUGGAGGAAGUUGACUGAGCUACGUUACAGCAGCUCCGCCAUCUUUCUUAUCAGAAUAUGUUUCAUAUGUUGAUGUAAGCAUUCUAAGCUGUCUUUGUUGUCAUAUUUAUGUGUCAACUGUAGGAGUGAGUUUGCCAUCGUUUUUAUUCUUCAAGAUGUAUCUUUUAUACAUGAUGCUAAAAGAUGCAGUCUUGUAUCUUUAUGCUUUGGACCUCAGCUCUACACCAGCAGAAAAUGUUCCAUGCAUUUAAUGUUUGUUACGUUUUGGUAUGACACUUUUUGACGUAAGAAAAUGGAGUCCUGCACCUUCAUGACUGAGUGACUCUCGAGGGUCAUGUACGGUUGUGCUUUUUGAUAGAUAUAUUGUUUAUUGUAGAACAUAUCAUAUAUUGCAUAACAAUUUGCAUGCUUUCGUUACUAAUGCUUGUGCAGGUCAAUGUGAUUAAUUUGAAUGUGGUUCUUUCAUACAGUAUUACAUAGUGAUUGCAACAUCAGUCCUUGGAAAUAGUGAGUGAGUAUGGUUUUACGCCGCUUUUAGCAAUAUUCCAGCAAUAUCACGGCGGUCCUUGGAAAUAAAUGAAUAAACAAAAUAAAACAAAAGCAUCUACUCCCCCAGGAAUACAGUACAAGUACCCACUCUGCCCAGCAGUGAAUGGGUACCCGGUAGAAUGAGAUGGUAAUGUGGCUGUUAACCUACUAGCCCCUCAAAGGCAGAAUGGGUUGUAUACUCCCCAGGGAGCUGAGAAUCAAAAUCGAGUGCACACUGAUCCAUUGACGGGGGUAAUAAUGUAAGUGCUUUGAGCAUGCACCUUGUGUGUAGUGUCUAGCACAAUAUUUGUACACACAUUAUUAGUAUGGCUGAAACACAAGUACCUGCUCGCCCCAGGACUACAACACCACUACCUACCUUCCCAGAGAAAAACAAACAACUAUUGGUACCCACUGCCCCCCAAAACUACACCACAACAUCCCACUAUCACUAAUGCUUGUGUCCAGGGUUGUGGCCGAGCAGUCUUCUCUAUAUGAGGCCAUCUUCCCGAGGCAAGAGAGUUAAACGACUUUAAAAGUCCAGUUUCCACCCCUGGCUGGUAUUAUGGAGUUCGCGAUGUAAGACCCGUUUUAUCACAAAAUAGAUCUUGAAUAUCUAUAAGAUCGCCUUGACUUGGCGCUGCCAUUUUGUUUGAAUCAAAUGCAAGUGAUAAGAAAAGUGGAAUCUGAUUGGUCCAUAGGAGAGGUUUAGAAGGGACGUAACUCGUAAUAACCACUGGUGGCGCUACGAUCGAGCCCAGGAAUUCCAGCCAAGUUCGGCAAGGGUGGAAACUGGACUUUUGAAGUCAGUUAACUCUCUUGCCUUGGGAAGAUGAUAUGAGGCAUACAUUCCAUGUUUUUCCUCUUCAGUAUAUAGAGGAGUAUGUCUUUAUAGGAUAUGACACAAGCUUCACUUCAAUUUCACAUACCGGUAGGCCUAGUUGUAUCACCAUACUGCUGUGUUAUGUAAAUGAUCAGGUAGCUUAGUGCUUUACUUUCCAUUCCCAUAAAAUCUUCAUGUAUUCUACUUUUUCAUAUGUCUGUUGCCAAUUUCAUUUCAAUAUUUAAUGUUUUGAUCAUAUAUGUCUCAGCUUGUGCUUACCUGAAGCAUGUUGAAAAAUGUAAAAGAACAUGACAAAAUAAAAGCUAUGACAUAACA